CCCUCCCCCGCUUCCUCUGUCCUCUCUUCUUAACCUUCCCACCCUCUUCCUCCACUCCAUCCUCCUCCUCCCCUCGUCGCCUCCUCCCCGGCCCUCUUCUCCUCCUCCUCUUCCCAACCAACGCCAAAACCCAGGAAACCCACGCUCACUCAAUGGAGGUCUCCACCAAGCAGCUCCUCCCCAUGCCUCAUCAGCAGGACCCCAACUCCCCUUCCUCUUCCACCUCCUCGUCGUCCUCCUCCUCCACCUCACCGUCUCACCCCCACCACCGUGCGCAGCCCCACAACCUCCCACCGUCGCCCCGGCCCAUCCCGCGCACCAUCGACACCACCCCGUUCCCCACCACUUUCGUCCAGGCCGACACCACGUCCUUCAAGCAGGUCGUCCAGAUGCUCACCGGCGCCGAUCAGCCCACGAAGAACGACGCAACGACGGCAGCGGCCACGGGCAACAGCGGCGGCGGCGCCGGAACCAGCGGCGGCCAGGCGGCUGGCGGGCCGUGCCGGCCCAAGAAGCCGUCUUUCAAGCUGUACGAGCGGCGGAGCAGCAUGAAGAACCUCAAGAUGAUCGCGCCGCUGGCGAUGGGCCCGCCGCCGUCGCCGCGGAGGGCGACGCCGGAGAUCCUCUCGCCGAGCGUGCUGGACAUCCCGUCCCUGAGGCUCAGCAGCCCGGUGACGCCGCUGACCGGGGACCCCUUCAACCGCUCGCCGGCGUCGACGUCGUCCUCCGAGGAGGCCGAGCGCGCGGCCAUCGCCGAGAGGGGGUUCUUCCUCCACCCGUCCCCGCGGGGCGCCGAGCCGCCGCGCCUGCUCCCGCUCUUCCCCGUCACCUCGCCCCGGAUGGCCGCCCCCGCCGCGGCGCCGUCCGAGUGAUCCGGCCCGAGAUCGAUCCCACCUCAGGUCGAUCCGAUCGCCGGCGCCCGCCUCUACCAUAGCUACUACCUGUACUACUACAACCCUCGCCGUACCCUCCCUUCACCUCUGGUCUUGUAAGGUGCUUGCUUUGCUCUGCUCCUGUUCUUGAUCGACGCUGCUGCUGCUGUAGUUUUUGCUCCCUUCUUGAAAGGAAGAAGGGAGUUUGUUACUUUUUCUUCCUUUCGGAGCGGCGACUCGCGAGCGAUUGUACGAUCCGAGCCUGGAGACGCCCGCACGCACCAGGCUCGAUUCCUCGAUCGCUCGGCCUCCGAAAUGAAGUGAUGGGUGGAUGGAUUAGUAAAUUAAUUAUGAAUUAAUGAAGAUUAAUCUCGAGCUUAUGUGA